CCAAUCGGCCCGCUAAAUUUACUCAACUCCAACAAUUCAACACCUACCAAUUUUUAUUCAGAAGACUCGUCCUGCUUAAGCUGGUUGGACAUCAAACCGGUUGGAUCAGUUGUGUAUGUUUCAUUUGGAAGUUCCGCAUUUUUCUCUCAACAACAGCUGGAUGAGUUGGCUCUUGACCUUGCCAACGGGUCACCAGCUGUGUACCCUGAUGGGUUCUUGGAGAGAGUCAGUGAGGUCGGGAAGAUUGUAGGGUGGGCGCCACAAGAUAGGCUUCUUUCGCAUCCAUCUAUUGCUUGUUUUUUGUCGCAUUGUGGAUGGAAUUCGACUAUGGAAGGAACGUGUAAAGGGGUCCCUUUUCUAUGUUGGUCUUAUUUCUCGGACCAAUAUCAUAAUGAAAGGUACAUUGGUGAUGUGUGGAAGAAUGGAUUGAAAAUGGAAUUUGAUGAAGAGGGGAUUAGAUCAAGGCAUGAAAUCAAGAAGAAAAUUAGCAUGGUGUUUUUUUAUAAUAAAUUUAAGGAAAAUGCAGUGAAGCUCAAGGAAAUUUGUUGCAAGAGCAUUGGUGAGGGAGGGUGGUCUUAUAAGAAUUUGGAGAAAUUUAUUGAUCAUCUUGGAAGAUGAAAGAUGAUAUAUUCUGAAUUUGUAUAUGGAAUGUCCAAUUUGUUUUUUUGGCUUGGUAAUGUUUUUUUUUAUUUUCUUUUACGUAUUGAACAUAUAUAGUGAUCCAAUAAUUGUAUUUGUCUUAUCAGGAGAAAUUAUGGUCAAUUUUUUAUAGAAGGAUAUGAAAUUGGAUUUGAUUUUUGUUAAA